AUGAGCCGGUCUUUACGUGCUGGAGGUCAAAAGUUUGAAAGUGUGAAACGGAAGAAUAGGAUCGACUAUCUCUCGGAUCUGGUAGAGGAACAUGAUGCCAGAUCGCUGUUGGAGUUGAAAAACUCUCUCAGCUUUGCAGAUAGAAAGAGCCUCUAUGCCGAGCACGGCAAUCAAUGGAAGGAGGCUGCAGAGUUAUGUAUCGAGGCAUACUGUGAAUCCUUGAGACAGAAGCAGCAAAACACACGUUUUGAAACAUAUAUUCAAGAGAACAAUCACACUCGCCUGUGCUCCCUUCCCGAAGAUACGACGAUGGGAAUGCAGUGUAUAGUUUUAGGCAAAUCCCUGUUUUUAUCGUUGAUUGUGGAUAACUACAUCUAUGGGACAGUUCAAAGGAGCGGGGACCAUUCGCAGUUCUUUCUUAUGAAUUUGUUAAGCAAGGCUGUUGCCUUGAUGGAGGAGCCCAGGAUUACACCGGGUACUGUGAACGAUUUCAAGGAAUUACUGGGUGGUAAACCCUUUGAUGUGCAUGUCAAGCAUUCAAAGGACGAGCGGUUAUACCGCCUCCCUGUGUUAAUUUCAUCAAACACUGACAUUACAAUCUUGGAACGUAAAAGGCAACAGAGGAUCAGCUCGCGUCGUCCGUCGUCACGUACGGACUAUCCAUCUCCGAGAGAGCCGGUUGACCAACAACACCAAGGUGCUGUUUCCGUUGUUGGUGACGUAUCCGCACAACGGACUCCAGAUAAACAAACCGUAGUCGCACAACAGGGUGAUACCCAGAUACAGCAUGCUACCAAUCCUCCGGAGGACAUGUCAAAACGACAAAGACUGGACUCGGGAAACGCAGAUGACGACCCUGAGGAAAACACUACUGCCGGUGGAUCCAUCACAAAGGCAUUUGAUCUGUUCAAAAUACACUAUUACAAAACCCAAGUCGAUGUGGUUAGAAAACAACACAUUACGGUGGCCCAAUACAAGCCUGCAGACACGGACACGGACAAAUUCUACGUCACCUGCCUUCCCUAUCAAUUUAUCGAAUUUUGGCUAUGCAAUCAAACUGGCACUGAGUUUCGUGAACCAUACUCAGUCAUGGCAAAGAGUUAUGAUUAUUACGACAUUAUAUCCAUCCAAGCCUCAAAUCAACGGGUGGUGAAUUGGAACAGGUUUGCUGCGUAUCUGGUUCGCAAUGAGACGGUGAAUGUCCAAUGCUUAGGACGUAAGUUGGCCCAGCUUGCGUGGGAUUUACAAAACGUUACAAGGGAGGAGAAGGACUGUGCCAACAUCAGCCGUAUCCUACGCUCAGGCACACAAAAGUUUGAGAGGGUCAAACGGAAGAAUAGAAUCGAUUACCUUUCGGAGUUGGUCGAGGAACACGAUGCUAGGUCGUUGUUCAAAUUGAAAAAUUCCCUGACGUUUGCCGAUCGAAAGAGUUUAUAUGCUGAACAUGGAAACCAGUGGAAGGAAGCAGCAGAACUGUGCAUAGAGGCGUAUUGUGAAUCAUUAAGACAAAAACAACAAACAAGCCGAUUUGAGACAUACAUACAGGAGAACAAUCACACCCGACUGUGCACAUAUCCCGAGGAUACCACAGCGGGUAUGCAACGGCUGGAUACCCUCUUGAGUGUGAAUCACCUUGAUAAACACGAAUUUCUGACCAAUUUAUCCAGUUUUAUGAAUAAAGGAGAAACCAGGCGGAACGCCUUCGUAUUACAGGGACCAACCACGACUGGUAAGUCACUUUAA